AUGAUAUCUGUUAAGUCUAUUGGUAUCAUCGCGAUCGAAAUCUUUCUUGUUAGCCUAGUUUCUGGUUAUAGAGGAUGGGGAGAUCCAGCUUGCUAUAACCUGAAAUCCGUUAACAUUAAUCCAAAUGAUUGUCUUUGUGCACUAGAUCAAUUCUUUGAGAAUUCCGAGGUUUAUACUUAUACCAAACCCUUUACAGAGGAGUCUGAUGUAAAAAGUCAUGGUACUUGUUCUUUGAAGGGGGUUGAAAACGCUGGUAGGGUGAAGAUUCCUGAAGAUCCUGAAUUCAUUAGACCUACUUCUCUUGCUUGUAAUUGGUUAAUUGAAAUCACAGCAACAGUGUAA